AUGGGCCAAGACCACAGCAACAGGAGCGACUUGACAGGAAUGUCGACUCCCGUUCACCUCAAGCAGCCGUUCUCCCCAGUCAGGAGAACGAAGAGACCACAGGUGAAGCCCGUCGGGGCUCAGAAGACGAUCUCGAAGAAACUGCGAAAGCCUACAGGCUCGCCGGAGUUGGUGACGAUCGACGACUCUUCAAGCGGCGAGGAAGAGGAAGAGGAAGAGGACGAGUUGGACGGCGACAAGGAGGUGGAAGAGGUGCCGGCGAGCGAUGCGAGGAGAGAGAAGGGGGGGGGCGCGCGGAAGAGGCGGAGGGCGGAGGGGGCGAAUAGCGACGACGCGAGCGAUGAGGCGGCAGGCGACAGUGAUUGGUGUGUUCAGACGGGGGCGGAUCGAUCGAGCGCGGAGAAACGAAGGGGCGGAGCGUCGUCGCUGCAGGAGCGGGGAGAGUCGACGAGUCCGACGUUCGGGUCCGUACCGGAGAUGGCGGCGGAGGCGGUGAUGAUCGGGAAGUGGAUCGUGAUGGGCGGCUGCUACACGUCCAUCAACAUGGUCGGGAACGUGACUAUCGGCUUGAAAGGGGAUGGGGACACGAAGGACACGACGCUGUGCAUACCAUCAAAGGAGAUCACGUUUUUUGGUGCGGUGACCAACUUCGAGUCGGGGAAGAAAAGAGAACCGGUGCAAGUCGACAUCGACAUGAAGGGAGAGCUACCUAGGAUCCUAAGGCUAACCCUGGAGAGACAUAGGAGAGAGACCGAGGAGGACAAGGAGGUCGGACGCAGCAUGCGCACCAGGAGAACCCUCCGUUCCGGUGGCGGCGGCAACGACGAAUUCGGCAAGGUGCUCUUCCACUACCCCCCGGAGGUGUCGGCGAGCGACAGGGUCGCCAUCAACAGCCUGGACGAGGCCCGCACCCAGGAGGGGGAGUUCUUGAACGACAACCUCGUCGACCUGUACCUCAAGCACAUGCACCGAGAAGGGUUUCGAGAGUGGGCCAACGGUGUCGGCGGUGACGGCGAGGGUAGUGGUGGUGCUAGCGGCGAUGGUGUCGCCGGACGCAGGGACGAGGCUCGUGGCAGCGGUGCAGAUUACGACGAAGGAGCCGACACUGGCGACGUCGCCGCUGCCGCCGCUCUCGCUGGCGACGCCUCUGCUCGUGCGAGUAGAUCGAAGGCGAAGGGCGGGUCCAUGGACGACGGCAAUGUGCAUGUCUUCACCUCGCACUUCUUCACGAAGCUCACGGAGAGCAAGAUCUACGACUUCGAUGCGGCGUACAGCAAGGUGCAGCACUGGACCCGUAACGUGGAUCUGUUCAAGAAGAAGUUCGUUUUGGUGCCAGUGGUGGAGGACAUGCACUGGAGCCUCGCGUGCCUCUGCAACCUGGACAAGCUCGAGGUGGACAAGGAAGCAGCCGACUACCAGAGCGACGAGGCCCAGCCGUGCAUGCUCUUCCUCGACUCUCUCGACAUGCACUACGCCUCUAGGAUUUACGACUAUCUCCGUCGGUACCUGCAAGCGAAGUGGAAGGAGACCGGGCGAGGCGAGAUGUUGUUCGAUCAGGACGUGUUCCCCCUCGUUCGCCCGCGAGUGCCGACGCAGAUCAACGGCUGCGACUGCGGGGUGUACGUGCUUCGCUACGCCAAGGAGAUCUGCCAGCAGUGGCCGGUGGUAACGGCGGCGGAAGUCAAGAACCGACUCAGCGCGCACUUCAGGCCCGAGCUGUUCAGCCCCUCGGACAUCACUGAGGAGCGCCGUAUGCUGAGGGAGCUGCUGGAAAACUGCAAAGUCCGCUACGAGCGGGAGAAGGAGCUGCAGAAGUCCAAGAAGGGGAAGAAGGGCAAGGGCAACAAGACCCACGUCGACGCAGGUGCUAGUACGAGCAGCAGCACUCCAGAGGCGAAGGUGAAGGUGAAGGAGGCACCGCCACCGAUGCCGUCCUCCGACGACCCCCUCACCGGUGCUGCGGCGGCCGCAUCCGUGCCCCCCCCCAACGGCGACGGCAAGCUUGGCGACGGCGCCCCCGCGAAUGUCGGUGCGAACGGUGUGAAGAAGUCCGUCACCGCCAUCGCCACCGCUACCGCCGCCGCACCCGCCGCACCCGCCGCACCCGCCAGUGACACGGAGAGCCUGGGCGGGGCGAGCGAUAGCAGCAGCGACUCGUCGUCGUCUUCUGACUCAUCGUCGUCUUCCGAAUCGUCGUCAUCGUCGUCGUCGGAAGGUUCUGACGAGAAUACGGAAACGGACACGGACAUCGACGAUGCGGCCGGCGGCGCCGGCGACGACGGCGGAGAGGCCGAAGGCGGAGAGGCGGAAGGCGCGGGGAAGGGCAUCGAGGAGGCGGAGGAGGACGAUGAAGACGACGAGGACGAGGACGGCGAGGAGGAGGAGGAGGAGGAGGAGGGGGAGGAGGAAGAGGAGGGUGACGACGAAACGGGGGGGAGCAGAGCGGAGAUCGGCGCCGCGAUGAACGGCCUGCGGCAAGUGGCUGGCACGGCGGUGAGGCUGGCGCCGGACGACGUGGAAAACGGGGUCGCAGCGGCCGAGGGAAGCGAAGCCGCCACCGGCGGUGGCGCUGGAAGCGGGGAACAGCGACCUGAAGGUGCCAAGCCGGGCGGCCCUGCUGCCGUGGGCUUCGCCACGAGCGAGCGAGUCGGCGAGUUUUACUCCACCGGAGGCGUUUGGGGCGAGAGUGUUUCGCCGCUGGCGCCCCGGCGGGGGCGCCAGGAAGAUGGGGAGAAGGAGGAUGCUGGGGAUAUUUCGAGUGAAUCGCGAACGGUGGGGUUGGCGGGGACAGCCAGGGAAGGCAACAAGGGCGGCGAGGAUUCCGCCGACACCGAGGCGAGGCAAGCGAAGGAAGUCCUUAAACCUGUGCGAAGAAAACGGGGGAGGGGGGGGGCGGCGGCGACGUCGGCGGCGGUAGGUACGGCGCCCGGCGCUCACGAGGAAGAAUCCUCGACGGAAGAAGCAUGCCGAGAACGGGCGGGGCAGGGCGACGAGGCUUCAUCGUGGGGUCCCGCAGGAUCACGGUGCGUAGAGCCGGCCGUGGCCGAAGGCGACGGCAGCAACCGCGAGCGAGAAGAGCGCAGCGCGGGAAAGCCGACCCCCUUGCAGCAGCGGGGGAGGAACGGCGAGCCUCCGCGGGCACAGCCGACCCAGAAGGGCCCAGGGUUAGCCCCUGAGGCGGCAGCUUGCCUAUCGGCCACCGACGACUGCAGGCCCGUCGAGGACAAUUCCGCCGCAUCCCCAGGGCGAACAGGGGGGGGUAGGGCCUUGAGACCCAGAGGGGGCGCAGUCGAUACGGCAGUGACGCUACCGGCUUCUCCGAACAAGACGGAGGGAGCCGUCAAGAACCGGCUGCGCGUCGGCGGCGGCGGCGGCGCCACUGACAGUCUCGCGACGAGUAGCGCCGUGCCUGCCGCUGGUGUGUCUGGGGACGAGGGGACGGGUGCGAAUGCCUCCGGCGAGGCCCUGUCCGUUGAGAGCAGCGACGCCGAGAGUGACGACGAUGAUGGGGAUCGCGGCGGCGGCAGCGGGGUGGUAGUGGACGAGCAGUUCGGCCUGACGUUGAGCGAGCGCAACAAGUUGAGAGAACCGCGCAAAGCCGCCGUCGCCGCCGCAGCAGCAGCAGCAGCAACGGGAGUGAAGCGAAAAGGCGGUGUCGGAGGGGACGGGGGGCGCGUGCCGCGCGACGCUCAGUCCCCCGAUAAACAGGGGGUCAAUGCCCCAAAGAUACGGCUUGACGGGGAUUCGUCUCCGUCCCUUCGCACACGAAGGAAGCCUACCGGUGCUCGGGCGAUCGAUUUGGUGAGCCCGGCCGCGGCGGCGUCGGCAUGCGAGGGACUUGCCGCCGGCGGUGGAGACGAAGGUAUGGAGGUGGUGGAGGUGGAGUCUGGAGGGGGGCCCGCCACCGCCGACAACGGCAGGGGCAAGGGCGAGGAGAAGAGCGAACGGGGGCGCGGCGACGGGGGCCGCAGCAAGAGGAGCAGCGGGGCAGGGCCGGGACAGGGGCCGAAGAAGCGCGGCGGCGGCGGUAGGAAGACGACGAGGACAGUCGUUGCGCCACUCAGCGACAGCGAAGAGAGCGUGGAAGGCGAUGUUGGCGAAACCUCCGAGAGCGAGGGGUUUUGACGUUGUGCGUGGGGAUGGAUAGGAUUGACUUUUCCCGGGCGGGAGGGACCUGUUGUUGUCUUUGUUGUUCCUGAGCAAGGUUUGAGCGCUGACUUUGCUAGAGAUCGUGCAGGUGGUGUCUGGGUUGUGUCAGAGGUUCGCUCGGAAGUUAGUUCCGUCUGACCGAACGCGGUACGUCUUGUAGAGAGUGUUGUGACGAUGGAGGUUGGAACGAGUUCAAGCCGUGGGGGCCAGCAUGAGCACAAGAGCACCGGCGGUGACGGUUGUACCAAGAGAACCCAGCGCCAUCCCCGCACCCCCCGUCUGUUUUUUCGUUGUCGUUGUGGGUAGACCACAUGGGCGUAGGUUUCCAUUUUGUGACGGAGGGGAGGCGGGUCUGUUGCGCGCGCCUAUGUAGCGUGCGAGAUCGUGCGUGUGAUUUGAUGUCAGUUGUAUUAGCGGUCGUAGUGGUGGUGGUGAUGAUAGUCGGGGGUUUUUGUAACGCACACGUCGGUAGGCGCGGCGGCCUUGGGAUAUCCUCUGCCGCCGUCGGCUGUGAACCUCGUCGGAGAAGCGAUCGGGCAUGGAACAUCCCCGCAACUUGGAAGCGCGGGGUUGUGUGCAUGUUUGUGCGCCGCGUGUAUGUGCGCGCGUACAGUGGGUGCACGGUUGUUGGCUUGGGAACAUUUCUCGGCGUCAUGUGUUGGCGUGGAGGGUCGUUGUUGGCGUGCGUACGGGUGUCUCUCUUUG